AUGGAAGUUGGUAAUACAAGUGAUACCGUGCAGAACACCAUAAAAUUAUGCAGAGAAAAAACAAAAGGAAAAGUAAUAGAAAAUAAUAAUUUAGAAACAAAUCAACCAAUAUUAUCGAGAGAGAUCUUGUUAAAUGACUCCUCAAAAGAAAUAUUAAAUAGUAAAAAUAACAAUUGUUAUGAUACUAUUUUUAAAAUGACGAAAAUAAAAAAAUUGAAAAGGAAAAAUGAAUUUCCUCAAAUGAGAGGUGAACUUAAAAUGAGAAGUUUAGAUAAUAUUCCUUCUACGUCAAAUAGCAACGACAGUAAAGUCAAUAUUACAACGACCAACUAUAUCAAACUAAACAAUGACAAUUGUACGAAAUAUGUAUGUACAAAACUGGAAGAGGAAGACAACAGAGUUCAUCGUGUAGCUAAUAACAAGAGUGAAAUAAAAAAUGAUGAAAAUAUGAGAAAUAAUGAUACAUAUAGGAGUUCCAUCUACGCUUGCGAUGAUAAGAAGAACAGUUCUUACAGUAGUACGAACAGUAACUUUUGCAGUGACAGAUUCAGUAACGAUUUGAACAACGAUUUAUGUAGUGCCUAUCUGGAGUGUAACACUUGUGAUAGCAGCAAUGGGAAUGUUACUAAUGUAUUAUCGUGCUUAAUAGAUAAUUCACUAUUAAAAGCGGACAACGAUUCAGGAAAUGGCUUCCACAGUACAUUAAAAGGCAAUGGGAUUAUUAAAGAAGAUAAUAUUAAGUCCUACAGUAAAAAUUGUAUGAAUAACACAACUAUCAAAAUAGCUAGUUUCAGUGAUAAAAAUAUGGUAGAAGGUACUUGUAUUAUUUACGAUAGACAUGUACAAAGGGAGGUGGAUGAGGGUACAUACGUUGAUAAUAAUGAUAUCCUUAAAAAUAAUGAAGAGGAGCAUAUUAAAGCAGAUUCACUUCGUUAUGUUGAUUUAAGCAAUAUUAAUAGAGGAAGCAAAAAAGAUAAAAAUGAUAGUGCCGCUGAUAAGGAAGGAGGAGAAGAAAAAGGAGAAGAACAAAUAGAAGAACAAAGAGAAGAGAAUGUAGGAGAACUAGUAGAAGAACAAGUGGAAGAGAUAGAGGAAGAAGCACAAGUUACGCGUGAAUACGCUAAGGAGAAAAAGAAGGAAACUCCUAAUGACAACUGCACAAAUGAUUACUUACGUAGUGAGGAAGAAGUCAAUUUAAACGUUGAAAUGGAGAAAUCAGAAAUAUUAACUAAAUUAAGUUCAAAAGUAGGGACAGAUCAAGUAAAACUCUGUAUAUGUAAUAUCAGCGUUGAAGACACAAAUUCGAGUGACAUACGCAAGAAAGAACUGGAAAAAAAAAAUAAGGAAAUGGAGUUAAUCAAAAAUGUUACCCUUCGUUGUAAUGAUGUAACAAGCAUAUUUAAAAAUGAAAAAAUAAACUAUACUACUUUUAAUGAAGGUCUUAAUUUUUGUUAUGAUGAAAUAAAAGGAGAGCACUUGUCUUCAGGUGAAACGGCAUACAAUAAGGAGAACGAUGAAGACAAUGAUGUAGUGAAUAAUGAAGAAGAAGAUGAAGAGAAUGUUGAUGAGUAUAAAGAAGAGAAUUAUAAAGAGAAUAAUGCGAAUAAUGAAGAGAAUAAUGCGAAUAAUGAAAAGAAUGAUGAAAAGAAUGAUGAAAAGAAUGAUGAAAAGAAUGAUGAAACAAAUAAUAAUAUGAAUAAAAACACAUAUUCUGAUAAUAAGGAUGGUAACGUUUUCAUUGAUAAUUUAGGAUGUUAUAUCAGUGAAGCACAAAAUAAUAAAUGUAGUGUUAGCCGUAAUAACAGGUCAUGUGUAAGAAGCACUCAGGAUGUAUUAAAACAAAACAAAACAUCGGGUAGCAUUUAUGAGCAAUAUAGAAAAGAAAAUAAUUGUGAUAAUAUAGAUGAAAAACAUUCGGAUAUAAAAAAUUUACUAAGUUACAAUGGAGAAACAUUAGAAGGAGAUCAAUUGGACUUUGAAAAACUGAAUCAUUUAAUUGUGUUUCGAGAAAAUGCAGAAAAGUACAUACAAAGUUAUAUAAAUUCAUUUUUGAAAGAUUCGGAGAUAAUGUCUUCUUAUCUUCCUUAUGUGCAUUAUUAUGACAAAGGUGUAUAUGAAGAAAAGGAGUUGAAUCUUUUAAAAAUUUUAUCCUAUUUUUUGGAGCAUUUUCAUACGAAUGAAAAAAUGAAAAGGAAGAUUCUUAAUUUACAAAAGAAUUUCUUAAGAGCUACAUUAAGUGAAAAAGUGAAAUAUGUUGACAAAUUUCAAUUUUUAAAAUUAUCACAAAUAGGAACAGAUACUCUGAAAAAUCAAUUUCUUAAAUUAUUAAAAAAAUAUACAGAAGAAAAAAAAAAAUUUUAUAACAAACUGCGCUUAUUUCACAAAAUAACGAAAAAAAUUUUUAAAUUAAAAGAAAAAUUUGUUGAGAAUAAUUUACUACAAAUUAUACCAGAGGGAUCAUGUGAGACACAUAAUUCUUCUACUGAGGAUAAAAUAAAUGAAGAAAUCCAUAUUAAGAUGAGAGGUGGAGGUACAUACUGCUCACGAGUGAAUUGUAAAAUGAAAGGUGAACCAAAUAAUAAUAAUAGUAAUAAUACAUUAUGGUACAAUGUGUUAUGUGAUAUUCCUUCAUAUGAGUAUAUUUCUAAUUCCGACAUGCCAUUAUUACAUUCUUUCGUGGAGAAUAAAAGACAGCAUAUGAAGAUAAACAAAAUGGAAAAAUGUGAUAAAUUGAAUUAUUCUACUCUUUAUAGUAAGAAAUUUAUACUUAGACACUUACAGUUACUGAUUAAAAAUAAUAUAUUUAAUGCAUUUCAUUUAAAUCAUUCUAAGCAUUAUGAGGAUAUUCAUAUAGGGGAAAAUGAUUUACAUAUUUGUAAAAGAAUUAUAAUUAAUAAUAUGCCUUUUUAUAAAAACAAAAUGAAUAAAAUAUUCUCUAACCUAAUUCUACACUUUCUAAUGAAAAAAGUACUAAAUAGUAUACAACCCAAAAUAACGUGGUACAACCACAAUAUUAUUCCGAAAACUGGGCAUUCAAAAAAUUUGCUUAAUAAGGAUAUGGAGCUUAAUCUGUAUAAGGACGCUAUACAGAAUAGUAUAAUAAAAAUAGCCAACUCUUUUUCUAAGAAGAUUAAAGAUUGUGGUAAAGGUUGUGGUAAUGAUACUCAUAAUGAUAAUAAUAGUGAUAAUAUUAAUGAUAAUGGUAAUGAUAGUGGUAAUAAAAAUGGCAAUGAUAAUGGUAAUCAAAGUGAUAAGACUAAUAUGAAGGUUAAGUGUGAGGAUGGAAAUCCGACUUUCUUAUACUUUUAUGAUAGAGAGGUGGAGAAAUUAAUUUUAUACAGUUGUAAUAGAGAGAGUAAUGAAGAGCAGAUGGAAAAAGAUAUAGACACUUUUAUAAAUAACCUGUUAAUCAGCAAUAAUUUUAUUCAAAAUUACGAAUGUAACAUUGUACCCAGUGAUGGGAAUAAUAAUCAUGAUAUGUUUAAUAUGCUUGGACAUCCUAAUAAGCAGAAUUAUUUUAAAUCCCUUAUUCACUUACAACAGAAUGAAGUGAAUAUAAAAACUCAUCAAGGGGAGUUAAAAGAAUGGAAAAGGGGUAUAGCAAAUGGCCAAGAGUUGGAAAGAGAGCAAAAUGAGAAGAUGGAACAAGGAACAGGAGGGAUAGGAAAAGACUUAGAAUGUGUAAUGAACAACGGAUGCAUAAACAGUCAGGAAGAUCAAGCAGCAUGUAAAGAAGCAGGUCAGUCGCUACAUCAGCACAAGAACGAUGAGUUGAAAGAGGAAUCUGAAAUAGUGGAGUUCCUGCGAGAAGAGGAAAAAGAGAGAGAUAUAUCAAGCAAAAGAGAAAAAAGAAACAAUAUUAAUAAUAAUAACAGUAAAAAUAACAAUAACAAAUUAAAAUUAUCAGAUGACUUGCAAAAUCUAUAUGAUGCAUACAAUAAUGGAGAACAAAUAGUGGUGUCUAAAAAUAAAAAGAAACUAUUGAAUAAUUUAGAACAUUAUAAACAUUUUAAAUUUCUUUCAAAACAAACCCUAUUUGAUGUUUAUGAUAAUGUACAAAAUAAUAUGAAACUAAGUGCAUUUAUUUCGAAUAAGAAUAAUAUGAAAAAGGAACGUUCAAGAAAUAUAAAUUUAAUGCAAAAUAUUGAUCUCCGUAAUUACUUAAACACACCAAAUUAUCUAUAUACAAAUAAAAAAUAUACGAAUAAUUUCAACUCAAAUUAUUUUUGUACUUAUAUGAAUAACCCCAAUAACGUAUAUUUUAGUAAUAGUGGAUUAAUGCAAGAUUCUAUGUACAAUCAAAGAUGUGAAGAAAGAGUUAAUGGGUUUUACAAAAAAUCUGGGAAUAUGAAAAAUUCAGAUUAUAUUAAUUGGAAUAGUACUAAUUAUCGUAAUUGUAGUAAUAUCCAUAGGAAAAAAGUAAGUAACACAUGUUACAAUGAAAACAGUAAUAUUAUGCUGAACAAUUAUAACAACAAUUUUGUAACAUAUGACUGCUUGAGGAGUUUAUGUCCCACCAAUUAUACUAAUAUUGGGUAUAUGAAUCCAAAUGGGGUACAACAGGGAAUGAAAUAUUUUAAUAGCCUAAAUUAUAGUAUGGAAAAUUCUUCAAAAAAUAAUCCAAGGAACGUUCUUUAUUAUGAUUACAAUGGAUAUGACAAUGUCUCAUUCGCUAGCAGCCCAAUCGCUAGUAGCCCAUUCAAUUGCAACUCAUUGAAUAGCAGUGCAUUAAACAGUAGCGCACUCAGUGCAAGCCCGUUCAAUAGUAAUAAUAACUUGCUUACCCCCCAAAUGACACAAAAUGUAAGCAACUAUAUGCUAUUACCAAGCAGUUAUGUGAAUACCUUUGAUAAUAGCUCUUACAAUAUGUAUAACUCUAUGGGUAAUCCUCUAUUACUUGAAAAAACUAAAAAAGAAAAUAAUUUGAAGAAUGAAACUACGUCAGCAAACUUUCCUAUGACCGCCAGUCCUCCAGAUAGUAUGAUAAAUUACCAAGUACAAAAUAUAGAUCAGAAUUAUCCUAUUUUAUAUCCUCUAAAUAUGACUGAUUGUAAGUUGAGUGAUGAAUAUAUUAUUAACAAUUUACCAAGUGGAAUGCAUAUGAAUACAUAUCAAAAAAUUAAUGAUACUUAUAUGAAUAUACCCAACUGCGAUGGCAAUAACAACAAUAAUGAUAGUAAUAAUAAUGAUAGUAAUAAUAAUGAUAGUAAUAAUAAUAAUAAUAAUAAUGAGAGUGAUAAUGAAUUUAAGAAUAAUAGUGAUAAUAAUAAUCUUAUUAGUAGAACAAAAAAUGAGGAUGUAAAUAUACAUAUAAACAACAAAAAUAUCAACAAUGAUUUAGUAUUAGCUCGUGACUUAGGUACAUUUAAUGUAAAUGAAAAUACUAGUAUAACUGAUAAUAGGGUCGAUUUUACAGAACAAAAUAAAUAUUACGAUGUCAUAAAUAAAAGCGUGAAUAUUAAAGAGGAUAGUAGUGGUAAUUAUAAUAGUAGUAGUAAUAACGAUAGUAGUAAUAACGAUAGUAGCAAUAACGAUAGUAGUAAAAACGAUAGUAGUAAUAACCAUAGUAGCAAUAACGCUAGUAGUAAAAACGAUAGUAGUAAUAACGAUAGUAGUAAACACGAUAGUAGUAAAAACGAUAGUAGUAAUAACGAUAGUAGUAAAAACGAUCGUAGUAAAAACGAUCGUAGUAAAAACGAUAGUAGUAAUAAUAAGGGCUACAACAAAGAUGAUAGUAAUAGUAAUCCUAUUAACAACUACCUUAAUGAUGACCCCAGAGAUAAAUGCAAUGAUAGCAACGACGAGGUAUACACUGAUGAUAUAAGCAAAAAGGAGCAUACAAAUUCAAAAAACAAUAAUGAUUUUCGUUACGAAAAUAGUAAUAUAGCUACUAGUGAUAAAGGUAAUUUAAAGGAGGAUGCAAUAGUGUUUAAUGGAAAUAAAAAUAUAUCAUUAUAUAAUGCGGAUAAGGAAAAUAGGAUAAUUUGUAACUCAAGUAGUAAUAAUUCUAUGUUCAACAAUGUAGAAACUGAUGGCGCAGAAGAAAAAAGAAAUAAGUAUUUAAAUAACAUUCAUGUAAUGAUAAACAAUAAUAUUGAUAAAGAAAAAUUAAAUGCACAUGUUGAUCCAUAUGCAGAUGAUUUUUUUAACAGUGUGAACAAGGGAAAUGAAAAUAUUAAUAAUUCUAAUAGCAUAGCUGUGGAUGAGAAUAUUAAUAGCGAUAAGCAUGGCAUAAGUACCACUGAAAUUGGAAAUAGUAGUGGUAAUAACAUAAACGCGAACAAUGUUAACAAGUGCAAUAAUAGCAGCAACGGUAGCGGUAAUAUUACGAAUAGUAGCAAUAAUAGCAACAAUAACUUAAAGAACUGUAGUAACAAAAAUAAUAAUGAUAGCAAUGAUGACACAAAUAUGAACGAAAUUAACUGUAAUGAUAAUAGAAAUAACUUGAAUAUCUUGUGUAAUAAUUUAUAUUAUAAUUAUGGUAUGAAAAAUUUGGAUACAAAUUUUCGAAAAAAUGAGUGCUUACAAAAUUUAGAAAUUAGUAUAAUGAAUAAAAAAGGCAUAAAAGAUAGUAAUAAAUCAUGCGAUGUGAAUGACUGUGAUAGUAUUAUAAAAGUACAGAAUUUAAAUAAUAUACAAGUAAAUAUGAACAAUAUAUCAAAUGUUGAUAUAAUAAAUAAUCACGAUUAUCAUUAUAAUAACUACAGUAAUAAUUCGAAUAAUAACACUAUUGAUGAUAUCAUAGCAACACACAGAGUUAAUUCUUAUAAUGGUAAUGAUCAUAUAUCAAAUGUGAAUUAUGAUGGUACUUUAACGCACGUAAAUUAUAGUGCUCCUUUUUUUUACGCCGAUGGCAUAAGCAACGCAGUGGGAUAUACGCACAACUGUGACAGUAAUAAAGGAAUCAGCGAUGAUAAUAACUACAGUAAUAACAGCACUAACGACAAUAGUAAUAGCAGUACUAAUGAGAACAGUAAUAACAGGACCAGUAACAAGAGUAACAUCAGUCGCAACAGUAACAACAUCACCAAUAAUGUCAAACACAGCAGCAGUAAUACCAUUUGUUUUUCCCCACUAGGUCCUUAUGAAAAAAAGAGUCAAAUUAACGCGGCUGGUAUAAAUUACGCAGAUACAAUGAACAACUACAAUAAUACAGAUAUGAUGAAUAGCAUGGGGGUACCUUCGAAUGUAUACUAUUAUAAGAAUGUUAAGUUUAAUGAAAAUGCGAUUGAUAUGAUAAACAUUUAUAAUUGUUUCAAUACGAAUGGAAUAGAACCUCCUCAAUAUAAUAGUAAUACAAGCAAUAAUAUGGAAAGUUAUAUAAAUUCGGAAAUAAAAAAUGACAACAUAAAUAGUUAUAAUUACAAAAUGGAUAAAAAGGAUAAUAGAGAAAUGGAAAAUGACUUAAUUAAUAGGCAUCCUAAUAAUUUAAUUGAUAAAUAUAAUUAUUUAAAUAAUUAUAAUAGUACUAAUUAUACAAAUGGAUUUAAUUUCAUGAAUUUUGAUAACAAUGGAAAUGAUGUAAAUAUAAAUAAUGGUAUGAGUUAUAUGGACUCUAACAGCAUGUUUAAUGAAGGUGAAACUAAUUAUACAUAUCUUUCAACUAUGAAAAAUUUCAAAAAGAAAGAUAAAAUUAAAAAGGAAAAGAAAAAUACAAGCAUAAAUAAAUCUCAAACAUGCACCUUAAAUACUACUAGAAAGAAAAAGUUCGGAAAUAAUGGACCUCCUACUGCUGAAAAAUUAAGUGAGUUACUUUAUGAGCAAAAUAUGUCAGUACCGCAAAUAGCAGCAAUAUAUGGAGUGCACAGAACAACAGUCGCAAGGUGGUGCCAUAACCGAAAAAUUAUUCAAAAGUCUAGUCAUUAUCAAGGGCGAAGACGAACGUCUACGAAACUGAAUAAUGAGUACAUAUAA